AUAGAAGGAAGUUGUUUGGUUGUAGGUAUUGGCUUAAACUGGGAUAGUACAAAAAUUUCAUAAACAAAUUUGUUCGGUUAGCCGCAGUGCGAAUUGAUUAGCACUUCCAGAUUUUUCCAAAUCGUUGUGUAAACCCCAAAACUGCAAUCAAAGAGAAAAAGGUAAAAAAAAAAAAGAAGAAGAAGAAGAAAGGAGAUGGUAGUAGAAAGAAGAUGAAUCCGAAAACAGACAAGAUAGUGAGGAGGACAACGAUGGUGGCGACUGCAGUUGCUUCUUAUUUUCUCUUAACUGCUGACUAUGGCCCCCAACCCAACGCUGUAGACCCUGUCAAAAAGGCAAUACUAUCAGCAGAGAACUCUGUGAAAGAGUUCAUCUUUGGAUCAAAGAAAGGACCUUAAGGCAGUGUCACCAGCAGUGCAAAAGAGCAUUAGUUAGCUUACUGAAAUGGAAGUUGGGCACAGUAUCGUUGCGAUUUAGGCUGGCUAUUGUCACAUAGCUGUCUUAUGAUAAGGCCUUUACUAGAGAGUAUCUUUGGGGGAUAUAACAUAAUAUCUGUACACUUUUUGGUCAAAUCCAGUAGAAAUGAAUAUGAUGCUUUUGGUUGCUUUACUCUGAUAGAAUUUAGGGACAGAUUUCCUACUUCCACCUGUUCAAUGAACAUCUGGUGUUUUGCUUAAUAAUUUUACAGGGUAGUUAUCAUUUUCUUCUCCUA